AUGGAGAAAGGUGAUCAAUCUACCCUUGCCUACCGCGAUCCCAAGCUGCCAAACGUCGCAGAAGACCUGGUUGUCUUGAAUGUGCUAGAUCUUGGCUGCGACGAGCGCCUAUGGGUACCUCAAGCCCCAGAUGUCUGGUUCCGGCCUUUAUGUUUCAAUGUGUCUCAGGGAUAUUUUGUCAACAUUUUGCGCGUGAGAAAGAGUGGCAUUCUUUCUCGUCAUCGGCACACUGGACCCGUACAUGCUACCAUCCUACGUGGCCGCUGGCAUUAUCUCGAGCAUGACUGUAAGCUGCAGGCUGCCAGGAAGCAUUAUGAAGAGGUUGGGUUGGGAGCCGAUUUUGCCGAUCACAUCGAAGAACGCGCACUCAGUCAAAGUAACACCUCCAGUCUCUCAGUUCCGAUACAUCAAAGCCCCAGUAUUCCAUGA